GCAGAAGAGUGGAUAGGAGGGAUUGGAAUCGGAAUUGCAGGAUGGUGAGAGUGGCAACGUACUUCGCGAUGACGCUCGGUGCUUUCGUCUUCUGGCAAUCCAUGGACAAGAUUCAUGUCUGGAUCGCUCUUCAUCAGGACGAGAAGAGAGAAAGGAUGGAGAAGGAAGCAGAGAUCAGAAGGGUCAGAGAAGAGCUGUUGCGGCAACAGGCCAAUCAGAAGGAUUCUCUUUCUUAAAUUUGAAUAUGUUGUAAUUUUGCUUUUCCAGUGCAAUGUUAUGUGUUC